GGAAAACAUUGACCAGUACAUCCCAGCCAUGUCGUAUGUUGACUCGAAAUCAUCCUCCGAGGUCGAUCUCGAAAAACGUGACAAUGCCUCAAACCAACUACCAAUUUAUCGUCACGAGGGACGGGGUCUCGGAGUCGCAUUUGACAACAUCACGGUGCAAGGCCACUCUGGGGGUCAGCGGACGGUCCUAGACUUACCCCAAAUUCUAGGCAAUAUCCUGCAAACACCGCUGUCACUCUUCAGCAAGCUAGUCAGCCAACAAGCAACACCUCAAAGUACCAUCGUCCAGGGAGUUUCUGGAGUCCUUCUCCCCGGCGAGACCAUGCUUGUACUUGGUCGUCCUGGCUCUGGAUGUACCACCGUGCUGAAGGUCAUAGCCAACAAUCGCGACUCCUUCGCGGCAGUUGAUGGUGAGGUUCAUUAUGGCGGAAUCAAGGCACAAGAAAUGAGUCAGGGUCUCAAGUCUGAGGUUGUGUACAGCUCGGAGGAUGAUCUGCAUUUCCCGACUCUUCCCGUGAAGGAUACAUUGGACUUUGCUCUAAGACUGCGAAAGCCGGCAAAGUACCCUGGAAAUGAUGCUCGAUUUUCCGCAGAGUUGACAGAUAAGCUUGUCAAUGCCUUGGGAAUUGCGCAUACCAAAAGCACCAUUGUUGGAGACUCGUUUACUCGAGGCGUAUCGGGUGGAGAGCGCCGACGUGUCUCCCUUGCAGAAGCGAUGGCCGUCAACUCUACUCUCGUUUGCUGGGAUAACCCCAUCCGUGGACUCGACAGCUCUUCUGCUCUGGACUUUUUGCGUGUCCUGAAGCGCAUGUCCAAAGCAACGGGGAUGACAAAUGUGGUCACCCUCUACCAGGCCUCCGAAACCAUGUACCGUGAAUGCUUCGAUCGUACCAUCGUCAUGUAUGAUGGGCGUAUGAUAUUCAGCGGAAAGAUGAAGGAGGCCAAGCGAUACUUUGAGGAUCUCGGCUUCUAUUGCCCAGAUAGACAGACCACCCCAGACUUCCUCACCUCCGUCACCUCCCCCGCAGAGCGAAGGAUCCGAAACGAUUACCGAGGCCCCUUGUAUCUUGACUCAGAAUCUCUGGCCCAGGCCUUUCGUCAAAGCCCGCAUUAUGCGCAGCUCCAGCAAGAGAUAGGCCUAUAUUCUCGCUCUACGGAAACGAACGCAACCGCCCAAGAUGAAUUUCGCAGGGAGGUGGGAGGACUCCGAUCCUCAGCGGCCUUCAAUAAUGCUACUGAACCCGCCACGAUGGGAAAGCAGAUCCUUGUGGGUACAAAAAGGUACUACCAGUUGUUUUGUAAUGACCGGAAUACCUUCUUCACCGUUGUAUCCCUGUGUAUUGCGAAUGCACUCAUCGCAGGUUCCGGCUUUUACGCUGCUCCAAAAACAGCUUCUGGUUCAUUUGAGAGAAGUGGAGCUUUGUUCUUUGCCCUGGCAUACUUCUGUCUGAAUGCAUUGACGGAGGUUGUGAAGACAGUCAAUGCUCGCGCCAUUCUGCUGAAGCAACACAACCUGGGCUUCAUCAACCCUGCCGCAUACGCUAUUAUCCAGACUAUUGCCGAUAUCCCCGCCGCAUUGAUCCAAACGCUCGUAUUCGCCUGCUGCUAUUAUUUCCUCAUUGGACUCAGUAGCAGCGCCUCGCAGUUCUUUAUUUUUGUCCUCAUCACUUUCGUCCAUUGCUCUGCCAUCUCAACCAUGUUCCGGAUGUUAGGCGCAUGGGCACCCAGUUUGAGUAUAUCGCAUCUUCUAGCUGGCUGUGCUCUCCCUGUGGUUUGUUUGUAUUCAGGAUAUGCACCCCCGGUUCCAACGAUGCAUCUCUGGGGUUCUUGGAUCCGACGGGUCUCGCCAACCCCGUACGCGAUGGAAGCCCUGAUCGGCAAUGAGUUUUAUAACAUCGAACUGCAUUGUACGGACUCGCAGCUGAUUCCCUCAGGCCCUGGCUAUAAUGAUAUUCGCCACCAAGCGUGCCCGAUGCAAGGCGCACGGUCUGGCUCAGCAGAGGUGGACGGAGCUGUGUAUGCAUCCAGCAUGUAUGGAUACACUCGUGCGCACCUCUGGCGCAACUUUGGUAUCAUUAUGGCCAUGUGGGUUCUGUACACCAUCAUUGGUGCAAUUGGCCUUAUGGUGAUGACGCGAGAGAACGGUAGUGCAACAGGCCCGGUGUACAAGCGAGGUGCCCUCCCGCCACAUGAAUCCUCAUCUGAACCCAAAAGCCAAGCCACAAUAGCAGAGAAAGCGACAGGCUCAGAGAGCGAGAUUGAUGAUCGUGCAUCGUUCACUUUUGACAAUCUCAGCUACUUUGUGAACGUUGGAGGCACGGAAAAGCAACUUCUCAAUCAAAUCUCUGGAUAUGUCAGACCUGGCCAGCUGACCGCGUUGAUGGGAGCCUCUGGGGCAGGAAAGACUACUCUUUUGGACAAUCUCUCUCAACGAAAGACUGAGGGCCGUAUGACGGGUGAUAUAUUGCUGGGUGCCUCCCCAUUGAGUCCUGCCUUUGCUCGCUCCUGUGGAUUCUGUAUGCAGCAGGAUAUUCACGAAGCAUUAGCCACCGUACGGGAAGCACUACAGUUCAGUGCAUUACUCCGUCAACCGGUGGAGAUUCCUCGAUCGGAGAAGCUCGCAUAUGUUGAACAUAUCAUUUCUCUUUUGGAGCUUGAGACGAUCGCCGAUGCUCUCGUGGGAGCUACCGGUGAUGGGCAGUUGAACGUGGAGGAGCGAAAGCGGGUGACGAUUGGUGUCGAAUUGGCCGCAAAGCCCUCUGCCCUCCUGUUUCUCGACGAGCCAACAUCCGGACUUGAUAGUCAAGCUGCGUACUCAAUUGUUGCUUUUCUGCGCAAGAUCGCUGCUGAAGGAGUUCCUAUCGUCUGUACGAUUCAUCAACCGUCUGGUGUCAUAUUUGAAAUGUUUGACCAUGUUAUGCUGCUUGCUCCGGGUGGUAGUACAGUCUAUUUUGGAGAAACAGGCGCCAAUGCUUGCACGAUUACGGAAUAUUUCGCGAGAUCCGGUGCAGUGAUGAGUGCCGAGGACAAUCCAGCCGAGUUUAUCAUUUCGACAGUGAAUGAAAAGGGCGCCGACAGCAAGGACUGGUCACAGAUCUGGAAUACAUCUCCAGAGAAACAGGCCCUCCAAACCAAGAUUAAGAUGCUGAACUCGACGUCUUUCUCUCCUGUUACUGACACAGGAUCCGACCAGAAGGGCCAGUAUGCGCUUCCUCUCAUGGCGCAGAUCAUGAUUCUCACUGAACGGCAUUGGAAGGCUGUCUGGCGCAAUGGACAGUACAAUUUUAGUCGACUCUUCAAAUGCCUCUUUUUCAUGAUGUUCGUCUCGUUUACCUUUUUCCACAUCCGGAAUGAUAGUUCAGGUCUUCAGAACCACAUGCUGGGCAUUCUACUCGGAAGUUGGGUCAUUCCCACCAUUGCUGCAGACGUGCACGCAAUGUGGUACGAGAAGUGGUCAAUCUUUGAAGCGCGUGAGCGUAACGGAAUAUACGACUACAAGGCAUUAGUUUCCGCGUUGGUUCUCGUGGAAAUCCCCUGCAACAUUGUGCUUUUCACCCUGAUUUUCUUCGUUUCCUACUGGACCUUCGGUUUCGCCAGCACUGCCUCUAUCGCUGGCUUUGUCUACUUCAUGUAUCUGCUCAUGGCCAUGUUUGGCUUGGGACUCACCUAUCUUGUAGCUGCAUUGUUUUCAAAUGCCACCAUGGCUGGUUAUGCCAUGGCUCUGCUCUGGGUCACGUUGCUCAUGUUCUCCGGCGCUGCUAACCCGCGGAGCGCACUGAACUCCUUCUACCACCCCUGGCUAUACUGGGCGGAUCCAUUGACAUACUUCUUUGAGCCCACCGUUUCCACUGUCCUACAUGGAGUUGAAGUCCAAUGUUCUACAGAUGAAAUGGCUGUGUUCGACCCGCCAUCUGGCCAGACAUGCCAGCGGUAUCUGACAGAAUAUCUGAAUACGAGCCCAGGGUACUUGACGAAUCCCAAUGCAAGCCAGGGCUGCACAUAUUGCCCAUAUUCAAUCGGGGAUGACUUUGCAGAAACGCUGCAUUUCUUUUACGGCGAUCGGUGGCGCGAUUGGGCUGUGUUUUUGGGAUUCUGCUUGACAAACUUUUUGCUCGUGUUCGUUGUUACGUGGUUCUUCAGGGUCAAAGUGCGGCAGUGGAAAAAGUAGCAGGGCAAUUUUGCUUUUUCUUGGACAUUCAUAGACGUCAUUGCAUUGAAGAAUAUAGGUGGUGUUCUGAUAGCCUCAGAGGGAACUGUACUUGCAAACAGCAUACAAGG